AUGGCAGAUGAACUGACGGUUCACAGCGGCUACCACGUCAAAGAGGGGGAAAUGUCAAAAAGGGAGGAUUGCUGGUCCACGAGAGGAAAAGCUACACGGCACGGUACUGAGGAAAGGAAAUCGGAGGACCUGUCCAAUCCGGAAGACGGCUUCGGAAUGGAGGCUUUGAGUAUCUUUCAUUCAGUGGAAGUCUGGCUUUGCCUCAUCCUGUACACGGCGCUUCGGACACUAUCCGCAAGGGUCCAACUCCCGAUAAACCGGCGCAAGGUUCCGAUUUCUUGCUUCCGCAGUGGGAGCCGGUGCCCCGAUUUCACGUUUCGAGGUGGGAUGUCCGGGACCACGAUGAUCUCUCGAGCGGUCGAGCCAUACUUUCCGCCUUUCAUGUCUCGCAUCAACGAUCUUCAGCCGGGCAAUCCCCACCACGCAGUGGAGUUGGCCAACGCAGGGGCGCAUACUCAAGUUUUCGCCAACUCCACUGAUACAGCACCCAUACUCCGUACCUUGGAGGCUUGGAAUGAUUAG